AUGUCGCGUCCAGAGAAGAAGAUCAUCCUCUACGACUAUCCGUGUAAAGUCCCCGGAGGCGCUUGGUCUCCCAACACAUGGAAGGCUAGACUCGCAUUAAACAUGAAAGGCAUCCCCUACCGUACCCACUGGAUCGCCUUCCCUCUAAUCCGCGAACAUUGCAUCUCCAUCGGAGCCGAUCCCACCCUCCACAUCGCCGGCGAACCGAUAUACACACUCCCAGUCAUCCACGACCCCAACACCGGCGCGACGAUAUCCGAAUCGUUCGAGAUCGUCAAAUAUCUACACCAGACGUAUCCCUCUCCCACUCCCUCGAACACGGACGCCCACAUUGACACAAUCGAAUUCAUACCGGCCGGCACGACUGCCCUCCAGCAAGCCUUCACAUCCGCAUUCACGUCCACCGUCAUCUCGCACCUCACUACCCUAAUCAUCGCCGAUAUCGGAGCUCCGAUCCCCGGAGCGCAGGAUUAUGAGUUCUGGAAGAGGUCGAGGGAGGUGAGGUUGGGGAUGUCGAUUGAUGAGUUUGUGCCGAAGACGGAGGAGAGGAGGAGGGAGUUGUGGGGGAAGGCGGUGGAGGGGUUCAGGACUGUGGGUGGGUGGUUGGAUGCGAAUGGCGAUGGGGAUGGAGGAAGGUGGGUGAUGGGGCAGACGUUGAGCUGGGCGGACGUGCUUGUUGCGAAUUGGGUUUUGUCGUUGAGGAGGUUGUGGGGCGAGGAUGAUGAGAGGUGGAAGGAGUUGAUGGGACUUGGUGGGGGGAGGUGGAAGGCUUAUUAUGAGAGUGUGGUGAAAUAUGAGUGGGUUGACAAGGAAGGGCUGAAGAGUUUGGGAGGCGCGAUAGAGGACAGGGAGAGGGUUGGUGGGAAGAGGCUUCCCACCAACCGGUGAGAGUUGGAUAUGGACCGAUAUGGUUUGACAGUCUCAAGGCUGUGGUGAGCGCAUCUUGUCUGCAAAGAAGAGAAUAAAUUCUGUAUUUUGCAUCUAAGUUCAGUACGAGGCCUAGUCGUGCGCGCCAUAAGACUUCUGGUUGGUUUGAAUGGCUGAUAUGUUCGCUAGAAUUUUACCUCCAUCCGUAGCCUGUCUGCAAUAGUAGUCAUAACGAAGAACUGUACUAGCCGUUGUCUUUCUCUACUUAUCUAGAGCAGCUGCAAUUCAACGCCUUAUUUAGGAUUUUAAGAAUG